GGCCGGCCCGCGGCCGCCGGGAUGGCGACUCCGAGAGUGUUCCCGCUCUCCUGCGUCGCGCAGCAGUACGCCUGGGGCAAGAAGGGCUCGGCCAGCGCGGUGGCCCGCCUGCUGGCCGGCAAUGACCCGCUGGCCCGGAUCGCCGAGGACCAGCCCUACGCCGAGCUGUGGAUGGGGACGCACCCCCGGGGCGAUGCCAAGGUCCUGGACAACCGCGUCCCGCAGCAAACCCUGGGCCAGUGGAUCGCCGAGAACCCGGACGGCCUGGGCUCCAAGGUCAAAGACGCCUUCCGCGGCCAGCUUCCCUUCCUCUUCAAGGUGCUCUCGGUGGAGACGGCGCUGUCCAUCCAGGCCCACCCCAACAAGGACCUGGCAGAGAAGCUGCACCGCCAGGCUCCGCAGCACUACCCCGACGCCAACCACAAGCCCGAGAUGGCCAUUGCCCUCACCCCCUUCCAGGGCCUGUGCGGCUUCCGGCCGGCGGAGGAGAUCGCGGCCUUUCUGCAGACGGUGCCCGAGCUCCGGGUCCUGGUCGGAGAGGAGGCGGCGGCGCAGCUGAGGCGGAGCGCGGGCGGCGACCCCCCGGCGGCGGCCUCGGCCCUGCGCGGCUGCUUCUCCAACCUCAUGCGGAGCGAGAGGGCGGCGGUGGCGGAGCAGCUGCGGCGGCUGGUGGAGAGGCUCUCCGGGGAGGCGGCGGCGGGCGGCGGCGCGGAGGACGCGUGCGCGGAGCUGCUGCUGCGGCUGCACGGCCAGCACCCCGGCGACAUCGGCUGCUUCGCCGUCUACUUCCUGAACCUGCUCACGCUGCAGCCCGGCCAGGCCAUGUUCCUCGACGCCAACGUGCCGCACGCCUACCUGCGGGGCGACUGCGUGGAGUGCAUGGCGUGCUCCGACAACACGGUGCGCGCCGGCCUGACGCCCAAGUUCCUGGACGUGCCCACGCUGUGCGAGAUGCUCGACUACGCGCCCGGCCCCGCCCGCGCCCGGCUCUUCCCGCCCGCGCCCAGCCCCGACGACCCCUACCUGGCCGUCUACGACCCGCCCGUGCCCGACUUCACCGUCCUGAAGGCCGAGGUCCCCGGCUCGGUGCCCCGGUACGAGCUCCCCGCGGUGGACUCGGCCAGCAUCGUCCUGGUGGUGCGCGGCGCGGCGGCCGCCCGCUCCCCCGCCGCCCCGGCCGCGCUGCCCCUGCAGCCGGGCUCCGUGCUCUUCGUGGCCGCCCGCGAGCGCGUCUCCCUGGAGCUCGCGGACGCCCAGGACCUGCUGCUGUUCCGGGCCUGCUGCCUGCUGUAGCGGCCGCGCCCGCCGGACCCCCGCGCGCGCCCCGCCCGGGGGGACUGGG